AUGCCCAGAAUCACGUUCGGAGCACUAAUCUGGUGGCAAGGAACAAAACCCGAUAAAAUAAAAAGCAAACUAGAAAGUCUCCAGCACACAGCACUAAAAAGAGUACUGAGUGCCUUCAGAUACUCGCCGACAAAAGCGCUGGAAGCUAUACUAGCCACCCUGCCCAUUGCGUAUAGGAUAGAGGAAGCGGCCAUUAGGACAGCAAAACUCCUGCACGAUGGGGGGAGAUGGUCGCCAAUAGACCAAGGUCACUCCACUAUUAACCUUAUUAAAGAGACUGUCCCUAAUAAUGAACCCCAUCUAUUAAUGUUAAUGGAGGCUCCAUCGGACAGGAUAACGCCGACAUAUCAUCUUUCCAAUAAAUGUAAAACACAUAUUCCUUCUAGAUCUGAAUGGAAAAGUAAAACCUGUACUCCGUAUAGUAAAUGGAUCACAUGGUACACAGACGGAAGUAAGGAUGAGGAGGGUAAUACAGGAUGCGCCUGGCUUACAGGCCUCCCAUUAAGAGGAUCAAAUGAAUACUUAGGCAACACCACCACGGUUUACCAGGCGGAAAUAAUGGCACUAAUAAGAUGCACAGAGUAUAUGAUCCACAAGGAUAUAAAAGAAGUAAAGAUUGUAAUAUUUACAGACAGUCAAGCGGCAAUUAAAGCACUAAGCAAACCGAUGAUAACAUCAACCCUUACACUUAAAUGCAACGAAUUGCUGAAUAAGUUAGCAACAAAAAAUAGAUACCUAACGAUUUGCUGGAGUCCGGGACAUGUCGGGAUCCCAGGAAGCGAGAAAGCUGACCGAAUUGCCAAAGAAGCGAUGAAAAAAGUAAAACCAGAACAGGAACCCUGGGUCCCAAUUUCCUUUACCACUUUUAAAAUGGAGAUAAAAAAAGUUCACCCUGAACAAAUUAAGGCUGCAAUGGAAGGAGUACGUGUAGACAAGCAAAAGAAAUGA